GGGAACCAACAGCCUUUACUAUAAAUUCAAAGCCUUACGUUCAGCCGAGCUCUACGGCCAAAGCAGCCAUUUUUUGACUGUCUCGACCACCGUCAUGUUCGGGCGACGAUCUCACCGAAAUCGAUCUUCCAAUGCCAUGUCUAUUGUGGAGCUUUUGGUGCAUAUGGAUUGUAAUGGGUGCGAAGAUCGGAUUCGUCGAGCAAUCUCGAAAAUCGAAGGGGUGGAUAGCUUGGAAAUAGACAUGGACAAGCAAAAGGUGACAGUAACUGGUUAUGUAAAUGAAAGGAAAGUAUUGAAGGUGGUGAGAGGAACGGGCCGAAAAGCCGAGUUAUGGCCGUUCCCUUACGACGGGGAAUACUACCCGUACGCGUCGCAAUACUACGACGAGUCGACGUUCGCAUCGACGUAUAACUAUUAUAGGCAUGGAGUUAAUGAAAGCGUCCGUGGAUACUUCCCAGAUCCUUUAUAUUCAACUGUUAGUGAUAACACUGUUCAUCUCUUUAGUGAAGAUAAUGUUCAUGCUUAUUGUAGUAUUAUGUGAUCCAUUAUUCUAUAUAAUGAAUCUCGUUGUGUAAGCUUGAUACACUUUAGAAUAAAAAAAAUUAUAGAAA